AUGAGAUGUGGGCGCGCUUCGCUGGCUCUCCUCCUCCCCUGGCUGCUGCUGCCGCUGCUGGGCACAAGCUUGGACGCCCAGCUCAUCUGCUGGCAAGCGCUCUUCCGGUGCCACGGCGAGCCCGAGUGCGAGCUCGCCUACAACCAGUACCUGGCGGCGUGCGAGGGGAACCUCCGGGGGACCAGGAGGCAGUGUCCGAGCCACUGCAUCAACGCGCUCAUCAGGCUGAACAGCACGCGCAGCGGGCCCGACCUGGAGACGUGCGACUGCGCCAAGGACCAGGACUGCCACAGCUCCAAGCGGGCCAUCGAGCCGUGCCUGCCCCGCAGACACCCGAGCGACGCCGGGGGCAUCGGCUGCAUGGAGGCCCGCCAGCGCUGCGAGGAGGACAGCGGCUGCCACACCUCCCUCACCGCCUACCUGUCACACUGCGGACAGCUGUUCAACGGCAGGAAGUGCUCGUCCAAAUGCAAAGCCACCAUCCAGCAGAUGCUGUUCAUCCCGAACGGCAUGCUGCUGAACCGCUGCGUGUGCGACGGCGAGGAGAGGCCCUUCUGUGAAGUGGUCAAGGAGAACAUGAGCAAACUGUGCUCCAUGGGAGACCACAGCGUCUCGGACCAGCCUGAGCUCGAUGACUUCUAUGAGGAUGAGGACUAUGAUCCCAGCAGGGAGGAGGGUUACACCGAGAGUUGCUCUGAUUCCCACAGGUUGUCCAGCUGCAUGGUGCUCCUGCUCCUCGGGGUUUUAUUCUGAAAGGAUGUAUGAAUGAACACCUGGGAGCAGCCCCAAAAUGUUUAGAGAUAGAUGCACCAACCUUCUCCUCUCUCACUGCUGAGCCCG